AUGAAACUUGAUAACAGUCUCACAAUUGUUCUUUUGCUGUGGACAGUGGAAGUUGAUCCAAAAUUUCAUGAGGAUGCCAACAAAAUUGAAGAAUUGGCUGUGUUUGAGGAGCACAUUGAAUUACAUUCUACAGAUAGCUCAGUUGUGAAAGCCCCUGAUUAUCUACUGCUCACUAAGAAUGGUCAUACCUUCAAGGGAGUGAAAUAUCAUAAACAUGAAUACUGGAAGUUUGGUGAGGUAGGAAACAAGUACUUCCGUCAUGCUACCGGACAACUAUAUGCCAUUUCACAAGAUUUGGCUACUUAUAUAUCAACUAAUCAGGACGUGCUGCAUAAAUACGCAAAUGAAGAUGUUUCUUUGGGAUCUUGGUUCAUUGGUUUAGACGUGGAGCAUAUCGAUGACAGGAGAAUGUGCUGCGGCACACCCCCGGAUUGUGAGUGGAAAGCACAGGCAGGCAACAUGUGUAUAGCUACUUUCGAUUGGAGAUGCAGUGGGAUUUGCAGGUCUGUGGAGAGAAUAAAGGUGGUUCACCAGCGCUGCGGCGAGGAUGAAAAUGCACUGUGGACUGCAACAUUUUGAUAUGAAACCUUAAGGGGAAGAAGAUAUGAAUGAAGCAUGCAGAUACUUAUACAUAAUAUGUGUGCUAGUAGUAGAAGGUUCAAUAGUCAACACUUGCAGCUUAGUAUUUUGGAGAAGAGAAUAGAAGAGAAUGAAAGAGUAUAGUUGUAUGACCAACCAACCCAACCCACAUUCUUUUAGUAAUGGCCGGAGGACUUUAUAUAUAUAUUUCUUGUUCUCUGCCAUCUCUAACUCUAAAUAAUAAUUGCUUCUCACCAAUAAAUCACUAUAGUCUA